AAAGACAAUUAUUUUGCUUAGUAUAGCAAGAGGUAGUAGUUUAAAUAUCAACUGACUAUCGUAACUGAAACCAUCAGUUAUGUGGAUUUCUUUUUUUCUUUUUUUUUGGCUAUAUUAAGUUUUUAGAAAGAGGCAAAUUACAAAAGGUAUUGUGGAUUUAUUAAAAAAAAAACUUUGGGGUUAUUUACUUGGUUGGUAUGAAAUCAGUACCAUCUCUUCUGUUUUCUGGGCAUUUAGGCCAUACAAUUAGAAUUGAUUUCUGAGUGAUAGCCUGGAGACUCUGCAGGAAUCUCACUUAUCAAAAAAAAAUUUAAUUAUAUUCUUAUAUUGUACUUACUAAAGGAGAAAAGUAAGGGAGUAUACUUCACAAAGAAUUCCUCAAGAAAAGUUUUGAUAACCUCAGUUACUUAGAUUUACACACCUCAAUAAUUCAGAUAACCCGUUUCUCAACAGACUACAUGACAGAGAUUUAUGGUAUAACAACAGUUUAUGUUUAGGGGUGUGUGUGUGUGUGUGUGUGUAUAAUAUAUAAUAUACAUAUAUAUGUAUUUCCAAUUACCUCCAAGUUCAUUGCACAGUCAGAAGAGGUUUUCAUUUAAAAUUUUGAGUUGGGAGAAUUACACAUAUGGUAUUUGAAUCACAAAUCAUGCUGGAUAAAAUGAAAGAAUCCAAUGAUGUAUACACAGAAGUACUAAACACAGGAGGCUGUGUUUACCUUAACAGAUUCCAGGCUGUUUUGCAACAGAUAUAAGGGGUGGAGGGUGGCUAGACUAUGGAAUCCAAAGGAUCCCUGCCAACCCUGACAUCCUGUGACCUAUGAAAUGAUGACAGCUCAUUGGCCAGACCUUGAGGCUUUUUGCUUUCCAGUGUCUGUUCUCAGUAACAGGUAAAAUGCUGAAAAACACACAAAUGUAAAAUGCCACCCAAAGUAAAAAAAUUACAGUGAGAUAAUAAAACACAUCACAAAGAAUUUAAAUAUGUUCAGUAUGAAGGCAAUGGUAUAGAAAAAAAGAUGUUAGUUUCUUUUCAUGUGAACUCACAAUUUUUGCUUUAUGAAAAACAAAAGGAAGCUUAUUCUACAAAAAUAAUUUCACUUGCUAUUAAAAAAACAAAAGCCCCAGUAUAAUCCUCCUUGCUAUGGUUUUAAGAACAAAUUGUACAAAGCUAUUUGGGGAAAAAAGAUAAAGGAACACUGAAUUAAAGUCUUACUGGUUUCUCAAUCUGUUCUUUAGCAGGGUAGUUUGCAUGUGACAUCUCACAUGAUAAUUGUUUCCAAACUCAGGGGAAACCACUAGUAAUCUCUGAUAAACUUGUCAGGGUGCAAAGAACCAUAACAUAAUAUUAUUGAGUCAAAGGGUCAUUCAUCUGUAAAAAUGGUGAAAAUUACAAUUCUAGAUUUUUUUUCUUAAAAUUAAAAAAUAAUCCUUAUAUGAUGAAACACUGUUUUUCCAGUUGAAAGCUCUAACUCAGGUCAUCUUCCUUCUCAGCCUUUGUGUCUCCACUCUGGCCCACCCUGCAUGGCUGACUCCUUGUCAUCUUUCUAAACUCAGUUCUUUCAGGAUGUCUUCUCUCCCCAACAUCCCUCACCAUCUUCUUCAUCUCUUCUUCAGAUAUUAUUAAUUUCUCCUGAAUACCACUACUGUGGUAUUUUUUACCCCUCAAUUGGUGUGUGUGCAUGUGCUCUAAUUUAGACUGUGAGCUCCUUUAAGAAUACAGCCUAUAUUUAAAAUUAUUCAUGUCUGUUCCCCCAGAACUUAACACAUGCUUCACAUACACUGGGCGUUCAGUCAACAUUUCUAAUAUAAGCAAAUAUGAGCUUAGAAACAUUAUGAUAAUUAGAGCAGUGAAUGAGACACAGUCUUCCAUCUGAGACAAAUACAUGAGACACAGGAGCCAAAAAAUAAUUAUUUAGGCUGAUGUGACUUCCUUCUCUCCAUAAUGGAAUAAUGGUGUAACAGUGCAGGCCUUCUUUGAAGGCAGGGAAACUAAUCAGAGAAUAUCGACUAUCUUGGUUCAUAAGUAGGUACACCUGGGAGUACCAAGCCAGGGAAACAUGAGCUCUGUACAAUGCAAAACACUUUUUUUUUUUUUUUUUUUUUUUUUUGAGAUGGAGUCUUGCUCUGUCGCUCAGGCUGGAGUGCAGUGGCGCAAUCUCGGCUCACUGCAAGCUCCACCUCCCAGGUUCAUGCCAUUCUCCUGCCUCAGCCUCCCGAGUAGCUGGGACUACAGGCACCCACCACAACACCUGCCUAAUUUUUUUUAUUUUUAGUAGAGACUGGGUUUCACCGUGUUACCCAGGAUGGUCUCGAUCUCCUGACCUCUUGAUCCGCCCACCCUGGCCUCCCAAAGUGCUGGAUUACAGGCAUGAGCCACGGCGCCCAGCCGCAAAACACUUUAUUAAACAUAGAGAAAAAUAACUGGCAUGCAAGGAUUUCUACCCAGUCGUCAUUUGCCUUGAAGGACUUUUCACCCUUACCAUGACAGCCUUGUACGUGUGGGUGUGUAAGUGAGGGUGUGGGAGAGUAGGGAGAAGGUGGCUGUGCCCAAGUGUCAGAGAGAGGCAUACUGGCCUCUAGGGUGGCAUCCUUAAUGCAUUUUCCUACAGAACUGAUGUCAAAUGGGUCACCUCAAAGGUUCAUCUCACUCAUUCAUUCAUUCCCUUCAAGGCAAUGGCCCGUCUACCGUAUAUCCCAUUUUAGAGACCCUCUGUGUUAUCCACACAUUCCACUUCUUUUACACUCCCCACCUCCAAGGGGUAUGCACAUUCUGUCCGUUUUACUCAAUAAACAUUUUUCUUCUCUACUGCUUUGGCUUUGGGCCUCCUGACGUUUCCACACUCUAGCAACAGCUCCCUCUUUGAACCACUGGAAAAGCCUCCUGACUGGCCCUCCUGCCACAUGAUGUCCUCCAUGUGUUGCAAGAAGCCUCUUCCUUAAGUCAAUUUUUUUUAAAAAAAUCACAAACACCUGCUUCAAAUCUGUUCUCUUUCCUUUCCUUCCUUACUUCUUUUUCUUUUUUUCUUUUUUUUUUUGGAGGAGGACUUCUUGCUAAUUGAUAAUAUUUAAUAUUUAAACUCCUUAGAGUCACAUAUGACUUCAUAAAUUGGCUCCAACUAAUUUUUUUCCAGCUUCAUAUCCUGGUACUCAAAGUCAUGUACAAUUUUUUCAUUGCAUAAAAUGUCUCAUCCUUCUCUAAAAAUAACAGCCCUUGCCAUAAAUUCCUGCUUUUGUAACAUGAAACUGCUUUCUUUUGGAGUGAGACCAAUUUUCACCUGGAAGAUGCUCAUCCUUCAACAUCCAGCUUGUCUCCUCCUUAGGAAAACAUCCUCUGUUCUGUUGGUGAUACUAAAGGCAGUACCCUGAACAUGUCUUUGUAAAAGGUUUUGCCUUUAGUAUUGUGAUUACCCAUUCACCUGUCUAUCCCUUUCCAGAAACAUGAGCUCCUCAAGGGCAGGCUCCAAAUCUGACUUUCCUACUAUGCACAUAGAAUGGUAUUUGCCAUGUAAGAAACAAAUCCUUACUGUUUGGGGAAAAAACAAAAGUACAAAGAAUACAACUCUAAAAUGAACAAAACAAAUGAUAAUAUGCUGUUUAGAAAGUGUUGAAAAACUAGGCAUGGUGGCUCACACCUGUAAUUCCAGCACUUUGGGAGGCUGAAGUGUGGUAGAUUGCUUGAGCCCAGGAGUUGGAAGCCAGCCCGGGCAAUGCAGUGAGACCCCGUCUCUAUUAAAAAAAAAAAAUACAACAAUUAGCCGGGCAUGGUAGAUUGUGCCUGUAGUUCCAGCUUUUCAGGAGGCUGAGAGAGGGGGACUGCUUGAGCCCACGAGGUCGAUGCUACAGUGAGCUGUGAUUAUGCCACUGCACUCCAGCCUGGGUGACAGGAUAAAACCCUGUCUCAAAAAAAAAAAAAAAAAGUGUUGAAAUCAUUUCUUUCAUAUCAUGUGUUAAAUAGGUUUUGAAGGGCUGGCCUUGAAACCUGACAGCUUUGAGCCAUCGUGUAUCCAUGGGAGUAGGCAUUCUAGGUUCCAAACAGCACACUUAGAAAUGGACUUUGGAACACAACGUGCUACCUCAAGGCUCCACCUGGUCACACAGCAGGCACUGAGGCUGGGAGACAGCCCCCAGACAGAUGAGUGUCCGCGCCUCUCUGAGAGGUGAAUGAGCCCGAGGGGUCCCUACCUACCAAGUCCUGAGGAGCAGCGGCGCCAACGACGCAGGCCCCCCCCCCAGCCCGCCAGUGAGCCGCCCAUGCCCUCUGCUCACCAGGCCUGCUCGGGCCCCCGCCAUGCUGAUCACCGUGUACUGCGUGCGGAGGGACCUAUCCGAGGUCACCUUCUCUCUCCAGGUCAGCCCCGACUUUGAGCUCCGAAACUUCAAGGUCCUCUGUGAGGCGGAGUCCAGAGUUCCUGCCGAAGAGAUCCAGAUCAUCCACAUGGAGCGACUCCUCAUCGAGGACCACUGUUCCCUGGGCUCCUACGGCCUCAAAGAUGGCGAUAUCGUGGUUUUACUGCAGAAGGACAAUGUGGGACCUCGGGCUCCAGGGCGUGCCCCGAACCAGCCUCGUAUAGACUUCAGCGGCAUUGCGGUGCCCGGGACGUCCAGCUCCUGUCCGCAGCACCCUGGACAGCAGCAGCAGCGCACACCCGCUGCCCAGCGGUCACAUGGCUUGGCGUCAGGAGAGACGGUGGCCGGCCCGCAAGGUCUGGGCAGCCCUGCCCUGAUCCGCAGCAUGCUGCUCUCCAACCCGCACGAUCUGUCCCUGCUCAAGGAACGCAACCCUCCCUUGGCAGAAGCCCUGCUCAGUGGAAGCCUUGAGACCUUUUCUCAGGUGCUGAUGGAGCAGCAAAGAGAAAAGGCCUUGAGAGAGCAAGAGAGGCUUUGUCUCUACAUGGCCGACCCACUGGAUUCGGAAGCUCAGGCCAAAAUAGAAGAGGAAAUCCGGCAGCAGAACAUUGAAGAAAACAUGAAUAUAGCAAUAGAAGAGGCCCCCGAGAGUUUCGGACAAGUGACUAUGCUCUACAUUAACUGCAAAGUGAAUGGGCAUCCUUUGAAGGCUUUUGUUGACUCGGGCGCCCAGAUGACCAUUAUGAGCCAGGCUUGUGCCGAGCAAUGUAACAUCAUGAGGCUGGUGGACCGACGGUGGGCUGGGGUUGCUAAAGGAGUGGGCACACAGAGAAUUAUUGGCCGUGUUCAUCUAGCUCAGAUUCAAAUUGAAGGUGAUUUCUUACAGUGCUCUUUCUCCAUACUUGAGGAUCAACCCAUGGAUAUGCUUCUAGGCCUAGAUAUGCUCCGGAGACAUCAAUGUUCCAUCGAUUUGAAGAAAAAUGUGCUGGUCAUCGGCACCACUGGCACGCAGACUUACUUUCUUCCUGAGGGAGAGUUGCCCUUAUGCUCUAGGAUGGUAAAUGGGCAAGAUGAGUCUUCGGACAAGGAAAUUACACAUUCGGUCAUGGAUUCAGAACGAAAAGAGCAUUAAAGCAUGCUAUAAAUAUGUUACCACCUUGAGGGAGCCUCAGGUCCCCAGAAAUUAUAUAAGAGCUCACUGGCAAUGUAAUCAUUAAAAAACAUCAGUAACAACUAAA